AUGGCACCCAAACGUGGGGCCGUCGCCGCCGAUCCGGCCUCGCAAAUUGAGUGAGUGGGGACUGCAUGAAUGCAUGUAUGCGAUCUUCUGUAUUGAGCCUUGUGAACCUUCGUUGCAGGUUCGAUUCUGGUGGUAUGAUGGGUCAGAUGAGCGGUUCGUCCGGAAAUGGCGGAGGAAGAGGGCAAAGAGUCGAGCCAGAGACGCUAGCACGCUAGCACGCCCUAAUGAGGUGUUACCCGCUCUUUCAGAAUUGGCAGCGGAAAGUGCUAAGAAACGUCGCGCUGCCAUCUAUGCGCAAGCUAAGAAGGUAUGUCGUGGAUGCCUGCUCUGCUGGCCUCGAUCGCGAGAUACCGAGGCCUGUAGCGGCUGAGCCAGGGUUCCUCGGCGUCUGCUCACAGAGCAGCGCUGCGUACGAGAAUCAGGUGCGGCUGCUGCAACAGUCGCAGAUCGAGAUUGCGAAGGCGUAUGUAUGCCUGACGCCUCUUCGUAUGCGUUCUCUCAGCUGAAGCGAGAACUGUCAAGUCUUGAGGAGGCUCUGUGCGUCCAUUUGGAGGUUCUCGGGUGUUCAAAGGUAGCGCCUCCGCCCGUUUCUAAAGCAUCCGCACUGUCGUACCAACAACAGCUCGAAGACGUACGCCGCUUUCCGCACCGAUGACAUCAACACUGAAGGCAAGAUUAAAGCUACUUGGCAACUGGUUCAGGAUGAUGUGAAAGACCUCGACGUAAGUCUUGCAAUACGGAGCAGUCAACAAAUGAGCGUUGCAGGCUUACCUCGGUUGCCGCCGCUUCGCAUCAGCGCAACGUGUGCCAGAGCUUCGAGAGUGGUGACGCCCUGCCGCAGAUCGCACAAGACAGUGAAAAGGCCAUGCUAGCUUUCGAUGCAUGCGAGCUCGGUGCGCACGGAUUGGUCUGUUCUACCUUGCAGGUCUGCGCUUGCUCACCCGCUUUACAUUCGCGGUUCACGGUUGAACGGUGGGCGCAGAUAGCAAGCGCCUUCAUCCGGAGCAGACUGGUCCGACUAACUGA